GUGCGGAGCUCCUGCCAGCGUCCGCGCCUCGGGAGCGGCCGGACGGAAGGGAAGGUUCGCCAGACGCCGGUCGGCUGCCCGACCUUUCGGACUCAAAGCCGAGCUGAACGGCCGCGGCUUCUGGUUGGUCGGGGAGGCGCUGCGGCCACCUCAGGAAGAUGUUUAACGUGGAGUCCGUGGAGCGGGUGGAGCUGUGCGAGAGCCUGCUCACUUGGAUCCAGACCUUUAAUGUGGAUACACCAUGCCAGACCGUGGAAGAUUUAACGAAUGGGGUGGUGAUGUCCCAGGUUCUUCAAAAGAUAGAUCCUGCAUAUUUCGAUGAUAAUUGGCUAAACAGAAUCAAAACUGAAGUGGGAGACAAUUGGAGGUUAAAGAUAAGUAAUUUAAAGAAAAUUUUAAAAGGAAUCUUGGAUUACAAUCAUGAGAUUUUAGGACAGCAGAUUAAUGACUUUACCCUUCCCGAUGUGAACCUUAUCGGGGAGCAUUCUGAUGCAGCAGAGCUCGGAAGGAUGCUCCAGCUCAUUCUCGGCUGUGCUGUGAAUUGUGAACAGAAGCAAGAGUACAUUCAAGCCAUUAUGAUGAUGGAGGAGUCUGUUCAGCAUGUUGUCAUGACAGCCAUUCAAGAGCUAAUGAGUAAAGAGUCUCCUGUCUCUGCCGGAAAUGAUGCCUAUGCUGAUCUGGAUCGCCAGUUGAAGAAAACUACAGAGGAACUAAACGAAGCUUUGUCAGCAAAGGAAGAAAUUGCUCAAAGGUGCCAUGAAUUGGAUAUGCAGGUUGCAGCACUGCAGGAGGAGAAAAGUAGUUUAUUGGCAGAAAAUCAGAUAUUAAUGGAACGACUCAAUCAGUCAGAUUCUAUAGAAGAUCCCAACAGUCCAGCAGGAAGAAGACAUUUGCAACUUCAGACUCAGUUAGAGCAGCUGCAAGAGGAAACAUUCCGACUAGAAGCAGCAAAAGAUGAUUAUCGGAUACGCUGUGAAGAGUUAGAAAAGGAAAUCUCUGAGCUUCGGCAGCAGAAUGAUGAGCUAACCACCUUGGCAGAUGAAGCUCAGUCUCUAAAGGAUGAAAUAGAUGUUCUCAGAUAUAAUUUAUGUAUUUUGUAUCAGGUUGUAGAGCUGCAAAAUAGAUUAUCCGAUGAAUCAAAGAAAGCAGAUAAAUUAGAUUUUGAAUAUAAGCGGCUAAAAGAAAAAGUUGAUGGUCUUCAGAAAGAAAAAGAUAGGUUAAGAACAGAAAGGGAUUCUCUGAAGGAAACCAUUGAAGAGCUCCGUUGUGUCCAGGCUCAGGAGGGGCAGCUCACCACUCAAGGGUUAAUGCCUCUGGGAAGCCAGGAAUCUUCAGACAGCCUCGCAGCAGAGAUUAUUACACCCGAAAUCAGGGAGAAACUUAUUCGUCUACAGCAUGAGAAUAAGAUGUUAAAAAUCAAUCAAGAGGGUUCAGACAAUGAGAAAAUAGCCUUAUUGCAGAGCCUUCUAGAUGAUGCAAACCUACGCAAGAAUGAGCUGGAGACAGAGAACAGGCUGGUGAAUCAGAGACUUCUAGAAGUACAGUCACAAGUAGAAGAACUGCAGAAAUCUUUGCAGGAUCAAGGCUCAAAAGCAGAAGAUUCAGUUCUUCUAAAAAAGAAGCUUGAAGAACAUCUAGAGAAGCUGCAUGAAGCCAACAAUGAAUUACAGAAAAAGAGAGCCAUAAUUGAAGAUCUCGAGCCAAGAUUUAACAACAGCUCCUUAAGAAUUGAAGAAUUGCAAGAAGCUUUACGGAAGAAAGAAGAAGAAAUGAAGCAAAUGGAAGAGCGCUAUAAAAAGUACUUGGAGAAAGCCAAAAGUGUUAUUCGUACAUUAGACCCUAAACAGAAUCAAGGAGCAGCACCAGAAAUACAAGCUCUUAAAAACCAACUGCAGGAACGGGAUCGACUGUUCCACUCAUUAGAGAAAGAAUAUGAGAAGACGAAGAGUCAAAGAGACAUGGAGGAGAAAUACAUUGUUAGUGCCUGGUACAAUAUGGGAAUGACUCUACAUAAAAAGGCGGCUGAAGAUAGACUAGCUAGCACAGGUUCAGGGCAGUCAUUUCUAGCAAGGCAAAGGCAAGCAACCAACACAAGAAGAUCCUAUCCAGGCCAUGUCCAGCCAGCCACAGCAAGGUAGAGAGGUCUCGCCAUUAGGGAUUUUUAAAAGGCAUACUUCUGUUACAUAGAACAACAUUUCAGGAAAUCCAGCCGGCUUCGUUUGUUCUCUCCUGUGUUGAUAUUUAGUGUUUCUCACGUGAGGAUCUCUCUUGCAUCUUUUAGUUUCUCUGUCCUUUAUGGUCUUUUCAGUUUCUUUUAAUGUGCCAAAAAUUUGUAAAUGUACAAUUAAAAACGUUGUAUAAUAGUGUAAUACUUUUCUUUGUAUGAAAAUGUCUUCUUCCCCAUUUGUGUGGGCUUUGUAAAGAAUCAGAUUUUCUGCCAAUAAUUGAUACACAAUUUAUAUUCUUUAUCGUGCCUACUGUGUUACCAUACUUUAUAAGAAUGUCUUUGUUUAAAGGGAAUUAAUCUUUUUAUGGUGUAUUAAUCUGUGUUUUCAGUUGUUUUUCAAAUGCACUUCAGAUACCUUCAAUACUUACUGUACUAUCCAGAGUGGUGUCGAGAGCACUUGUGCAAAGGCAGAGGCCAUAGUCAGAUCGUACGGCACCUGGCAGGGUCGCUGGGAGAGAAGAAAGAAGUUUUCAUGUUGUUUCACUAGAAAUUAAACUUACUCUAAGAUUCGGAGUUUAUUUUCAGAACAUAACUAUGUGAAAUGUCACUCUUUUCUGCUGCCGUGUUUGCUGGCAGAAGUGGAGUUGGUGAAGAUGUUUGGGUAGACAUUACAGAGGAUAAAAAAAAAUUGGCAGGCUUUUUUUUCUUCCUUUGAAAUAUCUUAGUAGUUAAGAAUCAGAUUCUAGCCACACACUUUUAAUUGCUUUCCAUAUGUAAAAGAUUUAUUUUUCAUAUAGGUAGCCUUCUCUUUGGGGCAGUUCUUUGACUUAUGCCGUAUAUGUUUUAUAUAUUCUGUAAGCCUUCCCUUUUCUCAAUUAAUCUUGAUAGCUAACAUCUUAAUACCAUUAGUUAAGAUCAGUACAUGCCUUUUGUGUGUAAUAUUAUGAUAGAUCUCUUUACAGUGUUUCCUAACUCUACCUAUGAGUCCAAGAGUUGGUAACUGGAGAGAUUUUGGGGUAUUUGGUUGUUGAAAUUGCUUACAUUAUAUGCCACAUUUAUUUACAUAGAUGAAUGCCUGCUAAGCAGUCGCUGGGAAGCACUUUGUCUAUAUAAGGUAUCAUAUAAUUUUAAACUGUCAUUCAUUUGACAAUGAUACACCUUUUGUCUUUCUCCAUGUUGAUUUAUGUAUUUGAUCCCAGGUAAUAUUUAAGGUUUCUUCCAGCCUUUUUCUUGUUCCAAACCACAUUUUUCAAAAGAAAUCUGGAAUCUGGUCAGAGGGUUAUUUUGUUUGUUUUUAGGUAAGUCAUCUAGUGGAGGAUGUUAUUUUAUGUACUUGCUAUUCGAAGUGCUGAUGUUACUUAGUUCUGUAUAAAAGACAAAUGACUUUAAUUCCAGUUUAAUGUGAUUAAGACUUUUCAGAAACUAUAUGCAAGUGCUUCAUUUUAACUCUCUUCUCUUUUAUAAGAAAAUUGACCUAGAAAUUUGUCCUGCAUGUUUUGUUUUGUUUUUGUCAGACAGAGUCUUUGUGUAACCCAGGCUGUCGUGGACACAUGAUCCUCUGGAUUAUAGAUGGGAACCUCCAUACUCAGCUCUUAGAGAGAACCGUUCUUGAGGAAAGGUGUUAGAACACAGAGAAACGACACUACGCAUCCUGCAGCAUUUCUUUAAAGAUAUUCACUACGAAUGUCUGAGCACAGUAUGAGGCAUCCGCCUAGGCAGACUAAAGCAGCGAGACUUGGAAAUAGUGGGGAGAGCCGUGUGAGGACAGUGCACUGUGGGUGCAGGGCAAACAGACCUCAUCUUUUAGGUCUGGUUUUGUUUAUUUCAAGACAAUCUAGCUGUAUUAUCCAGACUUGCCUCAGAUCCUUUGACUGAAAGCCAUCCUCCUGCCUGUGCCUUCCAAGAGGCUGAAAUUAAGGUAUGUGCCAUCAUGCCUACAUGAUAUGUCAGGUUUGAAAAUAAAAGAUUAAAAUUGGGGCCAGCAAAAUGGCUCCACUGGAAGAAUACUUGCCGCCAAGCCUGACGACCUCAGCUCAUGAGAUUCCUGGGGUUCAGGUGCUGAGGGAACAAGCUACUCCCAAGGAUUGUCCCCUGACCUCCAGACUCACACAGGUUUAGGUACACACACAUAAAUAUGUGUUAAAAGAUUAAAACUAGUUUAAAAUACUCUUACUUCAUCUUUAGUUCACAGAAUAUCUAAAACUCAAGCACUUUUAAACAAACAAAUUAGUCUGUGAUCCCUACUCUUAAUAAAAUACUGCUUUUUGAGAAGUUAUGCUUGUAGAACAAAAAGGAUGUGAAAGCAGGAGACUCUGGAAGCCACUUUUCAGCUAGGUUUACCUGUGAGGUAAAAACAUCUCAACGUUUUGAUUUUCUGUUUACCUGCCCUCUCUAUGUGCACACCCACCUACCCAGAUAUUUUCUCUAGAUGUUUUGGAAAUGCCUCAAGCUUUCAGAAGGAAAUUUAGCUUCUGAUUUUCUUCAGCAUCUGCUGUAUGCUAAUUUCAGUGUUCAUAACCUUUGCUUUGUUUGUUGUCUGUAUCUUUAAUGUUUGGUGGAUUUCACUCAGUAAAUGGAAGAAAUAUCAUGUGAUAUUUCAGAAUAAAAUAAAGUAUACUUUCAUACGAAACAGCAUCCGAACAUAUACUUUAGGCAUCAUAAAGCCAAGAAUAAACCUAAAUAAAGCAGUGGCAGCUUUUCCAUUGCGUGGUUUAGGUCAGGACUUAGGGGAUUACAGUUUCUCCGUCCGUGAUCAGGAAUGUUGCGGGUACUCUGAUGAUGAUGUGUGGUCUCCCUAGAAGUUAAGAGGUCAGUGAUGCUGGGCUGUGUCUCCACAGGCUUCUUUUACGGUACUUCCCUGAAGCCUCCUAGCUUGUUCCCUGAAGCCUCCUAGCUUGUUCCCUGAAGCCUCCUAGCUUGUCCUGGCAAUACAAGAGAAUGAGGACAGUGGGUCAGUGUCCUUGUAUCAGGUUGAGAGAAGCUGUUGCCAGCAUCCGAGUUCUUGUAACAAGCUUAUUUUCUGUGCCAUCUAUCCGGGUUUAAAAAAAAAAAAAAAGCCAAAGAAAACUACUUAAAAAAUGACCAUUUAUGUACCACAUUAUACAUUUAAGAUUAGAACAGGAAAACAGUCCAGUAAAUGUAAUUUAGUUUCUUGCAUCGGAAAUGAAAAUAACUAAUAUAGUUGCACAUAUUUUAAUUUAAUUUUAAAAACUGGGACUAGAGAGUUGUCUCAGCAUUUAAGGGCAUUUAUGGUUCUUCCCAAGAACACAGGCUCAGUUCCCAGAACUGAAAUAACCAACCUUCUGUAACUGCAGUUCCAAGGAAUCUCAUACCUUCUUCUGACCUCCACAGUCACCAGGCACAUGCAUGUGUACAUGCGUGCAUGCAGGCAAGCGCUCAUACACAAAAUAAAUCUAUAAAAAGAAAAUUUAAACUGGGUCAUAGAUUUCUUUUGUCUGAUUACCUAAAAACAAAAAUAAGUUCCUAAAUAAUUGAUUCAUAUUGAAACUUAAUCCGGAUUGAACUAUUUCUGUCCUCUUGGUAAAAUUAGCUUAAUGUGAUGAUUAAAUUAUAUGGAUGAUAUUGUCCAAUUAUUUUGAAGUUGUUUGGUUAAUGUAAUUUGAUCCCAGCUACAAAAUCAAGGUAAAUGGUUCUUUUAUUUUGUUUUUCGAGACAGGGUUUUGCUGUGUAGCCUGGGCUGUCCUAGAACUCACUCUGUAGUCCAGGCUGGCCUCAAACUCAAGAGAUCCACAUAACCUCUGCCUCCUGAGUGCUAAGAUUAAAGGCAUGUGCCACCACUGCCUGGCAAGUCAAGCUAAAUGUUAUCCGUCAGACCUACCAGUCUAAUUUCAUUCAUUGUUACAGAUCCAGAUAGGGAUUAAUUCUAAAAUAAGUUAGGUCUUAGUGGACAGAAAGAUGCAGUCAAAUGAGCAGUCUUGUUCAUCUUUUCAAUAGCAGUUUUCUUAGUCUUGUUAGUAAAAGGGAAAGGCUUUCGAGGGCUAGGAUGUGCUUAGUUGGUGUAGUGUUCGCUUAGGAUACGUGAAGUACUGGGUUCAGUCCCUGGCAUUUUAGGAGAUGGUUGUACACCUGUAGAGAGUUUGAGGCCAGUUUGAGUCACAUGAGAUUCUACCUUCAAAAAGAAAAAAAUGUAUAUAGUUCUUUUGUAAAGUCUUGCUCCCAUAUAAGCAUUGAUCUAUUAUACUAACAAUAACCGUAUUUUAAGCUUUGAAAUAAUUCAUUAUGAGUUAUCAUUAAUCAAAAACAUAAAUUUUAAAAUACCUUCUUUACUUUCCAAAUUUAAUUUUCAUUUGUUCAGAUCUCUUAGUACACAAAUGUUGUAACAGUUGGGAAGUGUUGUGCCUGAACAUCCACAGUCCAUAUCUUAAAGAAACCAAGCUAAUUUCCAUUUGCUCGAGUUAAUAACAUAAUUCGGCCCCACAGUGAAAGGGACAUGUGUAGUACCUUUUCUGCUAAGGUGGAAUCACAUGAGUACCACAUGUCUUCGGUUUUCUGUUCAUUAAACCAUGAAAGAAUAAUUGGACCUUUGUUGUUUUAGAUUAAUAUUUUUAAUUGAGGGAGGGUGACUUGGGAAGGAUGUGUGCAAGAGCCCGUGGAGGCCAGAAGAAAGCAUCAGGUCCCCCGGGGAUGGAGUUAGAUGUGCCCUGUGUGGAACUUGGGUUCUCGGCAAGAGUAGCCAGUUUUCCUCUCUAGCCCCAAGUAUCUGGACUCAUAUUGUGAAGAGGUUUUUUUUUUUUUUUUUUUUAACCUUUAGAUAGCAAUCAACCUGAUUCAGCUUUGUACUUAACAGUGAAACAUAUGUGGUAUCCCAGAACAUGGGAACCUGAGGCUGGAAAAAAUAUAAGUUGGAAGCUAUCCUGGGCUAUACAAUGUGACCUUGUUUCAAAAAACAAAACAAGCGUAUGCCAAACAAAGUAGAAUGGGAAGCCAGGCCUGUUAUCUAGCAUACUCAAGACUACAUUCAGUCCCUAGUAUGGGUGAAUGAAUGAAUGAAUGAAUGAAUACAUAAAUGCAUAAAUAAAGUGGGAUAUCUCAAUCUAUAAAAAUUAUUUUAUGUUCUGUUUUCCAUUUUAUAAAUUAAGGGGGCUUCAAUAAAAUUUAACUUUGUUAACUACAAUGCUGUCAGAAUUAAAAGCGAUCCAACCCUUUUUUUUUUUUUGUUUUUGAGACAGUGUCUUUCUCCAUGGCACUGUGUGUCCUGGAACCCUGGAACUCACUAUUGUAGACCAGGCUGUCCUUGAACUCACAGAGAUCUGCCUGCCUCCGCCUCCUGAGUGCUGGGAUUAAAAGUAUGCACCAUUGUGCCCGUCGCCUUUUUUUCUUUUCUUUUUUUUUUUGGUCAACCCAAUUUUAUUAUGUUUAUUUAGAAAGAGGUUUCAGAACUUAUUCUUUUAAACUGAUUUGAAUAUCCUAUGAUUCUUUUCCCCAUUUUCUCUUUUGGUAGGAGGAAGGGUACUCUCAACACAUCUCACAUAAUUUUUUACUUCUGUAAUAAAUAUUUAAGUGAUUGAUGUAAGUGAUUGAUGUAUGAUUUUCAUUGAAUAUUUGUCCAACUUUGACACAAUAAUGUUCUGAGUUUUUUUAAUACUGUACAGCUCUCAGAAGCCUAGAAAACAUGAAAUAGUUUGCUCAUUACUAACUCACUCGCUGAUAACUAGCUUCUUACCCUUCCUGUCACUUAGAGUUAUCAGUCCUAUGCUUAGUGUCCUGUUUAUAAAAUGAAAGAACCCAAAUAUUCCAAACAUCUUUCCUUUUAAGUCAUUAGUUAUGCCGUGGAAAGUAUACCGGUUACUUUAAAACAUCUUUUCAAGCCAGGUGUGGUGUUGCAUACCUUUAAUCCCUGCACUUGGGAGGCAGAGGCAGGCAAAUCUCUGUGAGUUCUGGGCCAGCCUGGUCUCCAGAGUGAGUUUCAGGACAGCGAGAAUUACACAAAGAAACCCUGUCUUCAAAAAAACCAAAAAACAAAAAACAGGAAAAAGACAACUUUUCAUCAGUCUGAUAUACGUUACCAUUUUGAGUAAAAAAAAAAAAACCCUAAGUUUUCUAUUUAAUGUUAUAAAAUAUGAAUAUAGGUAGAUUCUUACAGUUACACUAAAGUAAUAGAACAGGGACUUGCUUUGAGAAAUGAGAGCCCUGAACCUAAGUAUGGCUUGUAUAUGAAGUUUGAAAACUGGGGGGGGGGGGGUCCGUAAAUGCAUAUGACUUAUAUGUGUAUAUAAAUUUAAAUAUGUAUAUGUGUAUAUUUCUCACUCCAUGUGUAUAUAUAUAAUAUAUAUACACAUACUUAAAACUAGACAGCAAGAUUUGCUUUACGUGUCUCUUCAGUAUUUUUCUGCUAUAAUUUUAGUAAUGUCCUGCAAGGUUAAGUCUGAAUGUAGUAUGUAAGUAAAAAUAGAAAUUGAAAAAGUAAAUGGCAAUUAACACAAAUAAACCCAUUGUAAAGAGUAGAGUGAAUAUUGACAUACGAAGGAGCCUAAUUAACAAAUAUUUAGGCCAAGAGACAUACUCAGAGAGUAUCUUAUUAAAUGUUAUAGUCAACAAAUACUCCGUCAUUAUUACACAUUUAUCUGAUAAAAGAGUAGGCCAAAACUAAUUUAUAAUUGACUUUUGAUGAGUAUUAGCUAAGCAUAUAAUCUGUUUGUUAUUUGGAGGGAAAGCAUUUCUUUUUAUAAUUAAUAAGUUAUUACUAAGUCUGGCAUGUGAAUUUAGGAUGUUAAACUUUGAUUUGAUAAGAUGAGAAAAAAAUUAUAAUGGCUAAAAAUGAUCACCAGCUUCCCAACAAGUAUCUGUAUCAUACAUUGUAUAGUUUACAAACCAUUGUCUUAAUGUCCCUCUUAAUUAUAAUUGUACCGCCACAAAAUGUCAAAAGUGCACUUUUAAAACCAUUCAAAGUACGCCUUUAUGUAUCUGAGGCUUUACCACAGGCUCACAGGCAGAUGUUUAGGUCUGAAGAUGAAAUUGUAGGUGUCCAUUGUCUCAAAUAUCUCACCUAUAGGGCUAUUAAAACCUGAGUUGUAUCUACUUGGAACUUGAUUAAAUAUUGUGAGAACAGGCGAGUGAGUAAAAGACAACCUUAAUACAUGCUGAGGACAUUGAGCACACGGACGUGAUGUCUGCUCAGACUGAACUGACAAGUGGUGAGCUCAGCAGCUAUGUUGUCAAAGCAGUGGCGAGAACCUACUUUUGUUCUUGUACUGUGUCUUCUGUCUGUAGUGUGUUCUACUAGAGACAGGCGUCUUAAUGUUGUCUACCCUCCUCAUCAGUCUAGGUUGUUUAUAUCCACUACAAAAUUUCCAGCAUUUUACUGAUAUUAAAUAACUCUUCCUUUCCUCUUCUGCUACACUUGAGCAUUUCCUGUUGACAUACCAGUGUCAUGAGUCAAAAUCUGGAAAUAGCUUAUUCCUAGGUCGGCCAACAACACUGAAGCUGGCUUUUGGUUUUUGUGCUGGGAAUUGAGCUUAGGGCCUCAUGCACUCCUGGGCAAGUGCUCUACCAUUGAACUCCAUGCCCAGCAAAUCAAGACCUCUUGAAUACAAACAUGUUUGAAACUACAUUCUCGUUAAUAAAAAUUAAACACUUUCCUUUUAACGAGAUUGUCUUACCCUUUGAGGGGUUGUCUCUUAAAAUAAAAACCCGUAGAUUGCUCCUAGUUUUUCCCACCAUUGUAAAUACCCAAAAAGAAGAGAAGGGGGUUCUCUCUCUCUCUCUCUCUCUCUCUCUCUCUCUCUCUCUCUCUCUCUCUCUCCCCCCCCCCUCCCUUCCUCCCUCCCUCCCUCCUUCCCUCUCUCCUUCCCUCUCUCCAGAAACUGAGAAGUCAGAGGCGUCUAAAAGACAGUGGGGGAAGGUGAUUUUUAGAAAAGGGAGGCUCUAGAGAUGAUGGAUGCUACAGAAAUAUUAAUUGUACUGUGAGAUUUUUUUUAAUCUUUGCUUUUUUUUUUUUUCUUAAAUUUGUCUUGCAAAGGUUUCUUCUUGUGCUGGUGAGUUUACACCCGGAACUCUCCCAUCUGCAACAUGAAUUUAGUAAUCAUGUUAGAGACCAAAAGUGCUGAGGCUUGUUGAUUGCUAACCCUGAUACUGCCAGAGAAUUGGCUUAUAAAAGCAUACGAUUUUUCUGGUUUUGCCUUGUUUCAAAGGAUAUACAUGUUUUAAUACUGUAAAAAAUGUGUGCACUUGGGGCCAGAGAACCUAGCUCCAGUAGCAGAACAGGUGACUCAAUUGCACAAGACCCUGCCUGGCUUCAGUGCAGGGUGAGUCAGUCUUGUGUCUCUUGCUGUCUGUCUCUCUCUUUAACAUACAUACACAUGCGUGGAUGGACAGAUGCACACAUGUUGCUGUAGAAGCUUCUACUGAUGACGUUUGCUUGCUUAAGCCAAUCACUUAGAAGAAAGCAACACUGAAAUAGAGAAGCCUGCAUUCAACUGUAAGGAAAUAGGUACCUUUUUUUUUUCUUUCCUGAGUAAAAAAAUCAGAAAGCCAGGAUAGUAUCACACACCCAUAAUCCCAGCACCAGGCUGAGACAGCAGGACCACAAGUUUUACGUCAGAUGAGGCAACAUAGAAAAUUCAAAGCCUGUCUGUCUCAAAAAAAAAAUUUCAUGAGUACAAAAAAUAUACAGUGUUUUAAAUAUGUUCUAUGUAAGUGUUUAAUGAGUGAAUUUCUAAGUGUCCUAACAUCUCCUAGCUUCUUGUAAUGUGCAUAAAGUAGAUUAUAGACCAAGUCAGUACCACCUGCCAUGUGUGGCAGUUUUAACUUGAAGAUAACUCGCACCUGUAAUUCUAGCACGGGGAAGGCUGGGAUAAGAGGACUUUGCACAAGGAUCAGACCAUCCGUGGCUGCACGGUGAGAUUCUGUCGGGUGUUUCAGCGCUGCAGUACUCACACACGUGCAGUGGACAGCACAGGUGUAGAAAAUGCAGAAAACCGCCAGAAAACAGGCAGUCAGCUUACAAGUCAACUAAGUCAGCUAAGGAGCAGCAGCUAAAGGGUUUAACAGGUGAAAAGUGUUUCUUAGAAAAGUUUUGUGUCAUCAUUUUUGGCCUUGUUAAAAUCAAAGCUCCAUAUUGUGAGCUUUUAAUAUACUCUUCCCAACGCAAAUGGUCAGUGCUUUGUCAACUGGUUAGCUAAAUCAUUUUAUAAAUCAUUUAAUAUCUUCAGGCAUUUCUCCCUUUUAUACUUUUUAAAUUGAUUAUCAUCAAACAGAAACUGAUAAUAAAUGCUUAACUUAUUCUCAAACAAAAUUAGUAAACACCAUAGCCUUAUAUUAUUUAAAUCUACUUAUAUCUCAGUAUCUCAUGAAGGUCACCUUUUGUUUCUGCCUUGUAGCUUUAAAGUCAUGUUUGACUGUCUUUCACUUCAAAGAUAGAGUUAGGACCAAAGAAUUUGGUUUUCUUCAUGGUUCCCUGCUUUUAAUUUGCUUGGAAGAUGAAUGUGACCAAUUUUUUUCUUUCUGAAGCAAACAUUUGCUUUUCCAGAAUGUGACUAGGCGAUGGAAAUGUUGGGAGUAUGUGCUGGUUCUCCUGCACUGUACUAAAGUACUUAUCUAACUUAAAGGAUUAUGCUGAUUUAUCGGAAAUUUUCGAAUCAAACUAAAGGACUUCUUUUAAAUGUAUGUGUCUGUGUUGGUUUGUUGUUACCAUUUUUGAUUUCUGGAGUUAACGAUAAUGGAGAUCCAACCUAAGACCUUGCAGAUGAGAUUUGAGACAGGUUCUCCCUUUUUCGCCUUGGCUGGCCUGGAACUCACGGAGAUCCAUCCACCUGCUUCACCUCCUGAGUGCUGGGAUUAAAGGUGUGCUCCACCAACCCUGACAUCAGUUGCAAUUCUUCUGAGUCAGACUCACACUUAGUGACAGCUUUCCUGCUAAAAGGUCACAGUGCUCUCCUCGUGUUUUAAAACUUUGAUAACCAGGCAACAGAAUCACAACAGUAUUGCCAAUUUCUCAACAGGUUAUGAAAUUAUUACUGUGAUCCAAGUACAGAUGAGCACGUGAUGUGUGUGUGUUUGUUUUGUUGAGUUCUACAAAGACUCGUGGGUUAAGGAUAGUUUUCAGUAUGCUCUAAGUAACAGUUUAGUGCAAAUAUAGGAAAUGACUGCACCCGGAUGCUGAGCAGUGGUCUGGCACCUCAUUUCCAUUACUUUUUAAAGUAGCUUUAGUUACUCACAAUUCAAAUCCACUAAAAUACUGUCAUCCCUAAUGACAUCCCCACUGUCACUUAUAGAUUCUGUAAUUCGUAAUAUUUUGUACUCUGAAAAAUAAUUUCCAGAUUUGUUGGAGUUCUCUUUGAGAGCUGCCUACCAUUUAUAACACACAUCUUUUACUAUUUUAUUAUGUCGUGGGUAGCAAAAUUCAAACAUGCUUAAUAAUUUGCCUUAUUUAGACUAAGAAAUUGAAAAUACCAAAAAUAUAAAUAUAGAAAGAUAUUUGUUUCCCUGUGGUUUUUUUUUUUCUUUUUCGGAUGAGCUGGAAAACACCUAAGUAUAUUGAAGCUGGAGUUGUGCCGACCAUGGCCCCAUGUGUAAGGCCUUGUUCUCAAGUCUCAAGUAUUGCUGACUGCUCCUUACGUUGUUGCCAGCUUCAUGUUUGACACAGUGGGUAUUUCCCACCUUGCAUCCUAGCCAUUCUAAAAGUACUAUUAGUUAUCUUCCCACUCUGGAAGACUAUUGAAUUUGUGGUAGUUUUAUUCUUUGUAACAUAAUCCAAACCUGAUGUUCACUUUAAGCUCUGCAUUUCUCACUUCAAGUCAUUUCUAACAACAUUAUAUUACGGUCUUCAAGCGUUUUUCCUCCUGUUUACCCAGUUUGCCGGUUUCGUACUUCGUCUUACAACUGGCACGUUUUCCCAUUGUUGUAAGUGACUUUUUAGAGCUGUCUCCUCCAGUUAGAAAUUCUACUAAAGUCACAACAACAGAGUUCUGAGAAACCAUCAGAAGGGUUUUUAAUCUUACAUUUUCUUUUGGUUCAUUUUGAUUUUAUGACUGCCAACUUGUUAUAUAUGAGUGUUUAUAUAUGCAUAUAGUAUAUGUAUAUGAAAAAGUUAAGAUUUGGUCAAACUAUAUUUUCCCAUUCAAGUACAAAAAAUGUUUUCAAGGCUGCAAAAAGUGUACAGUUGUUAAAGAAGUUGUAAAUAAAGACUUGUAUAAAAAUCCA